AUGGCGACCGACUUGGCAACAAGAGUGUCGCUAUCAUGUUUACUGUGUUUCAAGGAUUACAACGUUCCACGGACUUUGCCAUGCCACCACACUUUCUGUGAGGAAUGUUUGAAACUUUACAUAAAAGCACAUUCUGGUGUGGAUUUUGUGUGUCCGGUAGGUUGUCACGUGACUGUGGACACCACUACAUCAGUGAAUGAGUUGAUCAGGUCUUUCCCACUGAAUGCAAUGUAUGUGUCGCUCACGAAAUCUGCAGGUGUGACCAUGCGAGCUUGUGACCACUGUCCAGCCGACACUGUGGCCAGGCCAGGGACAAUGUGGUGUGAGCAGUGUAAAGGAUCGCUAUGUGCCGAUUGCACGAUCGAUCACAGAAAACGACGGAUAUCAAUGAAUCACGAUGUCAUCGACAUCGGGACUGCAAGGAACCAUGAUGUCAACACUUUCAGUGUAGAUGAGAAAUGCCCGUCUCACAAUGGUAGGAGCUUUGUGUCGUUUUGUUCUGUGCACUAUGAGCUACUAUGUCCCGAGUGUGGAACUUCACGCCGCCACCUGAACUGUGAAUUGUGGUCGAUAGCUGAUGCAUCGCAGAGAAAUGUAGGUAGUGUAAACUUUGAAGAAAUGACCAGAAAAAUAUCAGAAUUAUGUUAUCAACAGGAACAAAAUCUGAAAGAACUGGACACGCAAUACGGAGAACAUCUUGUAACAAUGAAUGCUAAAAUCACUGAAGUCAAAGACAGAUUGGAUAGAUUACACAAAAUGUUCCAGGUGAAAGUUCUGGAAGAGAAAAAGAUAAAGAAGCACCAACUGGACAUACUUCAGCAAACAAGAAUGUUUCAGACCGAGUUAGAGAAUAAUACCAGGAUCUGCUCCACAGUAACAAAGAACGUGGCUCGGAAACAAUCGUUUGUAUUAAUGACACAGAUAACGGAACAGACUAGAGAACAUUUUCAAACUAUCCAACAACUUCUCAACGGAUGUAUCGAUAUCAAAGUGGAGCUGAAGUUAGCGGAUACGUUACAGGAUAUAGAAACACUGGAUUCUGUUGGUGGCAUCGUUGAGACAUGUUAUAACUCUGUAGUCUUUAAGGAUGCUUUAAAUGAUAUGCAACUGGAGUUUACUCCAGAUCCAUGGAAGGACCAGCACUCGAGUUCAACCGGAUCGGAGAACAAAGACGAUUCCUCAUAUUUCCGUUUAAAUUCUCCGUCAGUAGAAACAUCCCUGGAUGAAACGAUACCGAAAAUACCUUAUAAAAAACAACCAACGGUGGAGUAUUCCCAACCGAAUAUUCCCCGGUCUGGAUUUUCUGAGCUUCCUCGACCCUGUGUACCUUGUAGACCGGAUUUGGUCCUAGAUAGCUCCUUACGGUGUGUGGUCAGUGUAAAAGCCUCUGAUUUAGGAAAUCGCACGUGGCUAACCGGUGGUACAUAUCUCCCGGACGGUCGACUGAUAUUGGCUGAUUUCGGAAACGGACAAAUCGUACUUUGUGAUGAAAGAUAUAACGUGAUAAGGAAGGAGAGAAUGGAGGAAGGACCCCAGGAAGUCGCGUACUGCGAGGUGCAAAAUACAAUUUAUGUCCGGACGGGUAUACACAUUGCCAAAUUCAGUCUCGAUAAACAUGGACUAAGAAAGCUGGGAACUAUCGAGCUUCCUCACGGUUCGAACCAUCACUGUGGUAUAGAACUUUAUGAGGAUACUAUCGUCGUAGGCUCUCUCGAGUCCGUUAUACUGAUGACCAAGGAGGGACGUGUGCUGCGGGUCAUUAAACGGGAGGGGAAACCGUACGCCGUAACCGUCUGUCGGACACUCAAGCAGUUCUGUUACGUACACAACAAGGACAUUGUCUACUGCUUGAUGGACGGCAGUGAAGUGUACAGGCAAAACAGGAAAGAACAUAAUUGCAAGAAAGUUCGAGGAAUGUGUUUAGAUAUGUACGGCCAUUUGUACGUGUGCUGCGUUACCAGUCCAAGAGGUUACAUAUACCAACUGCCAAAAAAUGGACAAAAAGGACGCACUCUUUCGUACCAGGGAGGUAUAAAACGCCCUCGCUUCGUGAUGUACCAUCCGAAAAAACACGAGUUUAUUGUGACGUCAUUUCAAGAAAGCAUUGCCUUUGAAUCUGUUACGUUUGCUUGCAUGGCAAAGUGA